AUGAAGAAAGAUAUUGAUUAUUUACUGAAAUCUGAAGAAGAAAAAGAACAAGGAAACAUUUUUUUUAAAAGUGAAGAUUAUGAAUUAGCGAUUUUUCAUUAUACGAGAAGUAUUAAUUAUGCACCAGAAAGCUCUAUUUUAUAUACUAAUAGAUCACUGGCAUAUUUUAAAAUUGGAUAUUUUGAUAAGAGUUUAGAGGAUGCUUUGAAAGCACAAAAAUUAGACGAAAAUAAUUUAAAAAGUUAUUAUAGAAUAUGCGAAAUAUAUAAAGCUUUAAAUGAUGAAGAAAAUUAUAAAAAAUAUUUAGAAUUAUACAAUAAUAAGAGAAAUAAAGGUAGUAAGAAUAAAAAUGGAAAUUGUAAGGAUUCAAGAUUACAAGAGCAAAAUAAGAACUUUUCUGAAAAGGACAAUUUGGAAAAUAAAAUUACAAACAAAUUAGAAAUAAAAAACAAUGAAAUAAAAAAAAUUGAAAUUAAAAAAAGUAAUGAACUUAUAAAUUUAGGAGAAAAUAAUGAAAAAGAUAAAUUUUUAUUUUUUAAUAGAUUAGAAAAUAAAGAUAUAGAAAAAAGUAUAAAAUUUGAAAAAGAAAAAUAUAAAAAUAACUUUUUAAUUGAAGAAGUUUAUGAUUUUAAAAUAAAAGAAGAGAAAAAAAUAGUAGAUAAUAAUAAAAAAAAAUAUAUCAUUCUAGACAAUUAUGUUCUAGAUGAUAAUGCUAUUUAUGAUGAUAUAUAUGAUUCUUUGAAUAAAUUCAAGAACUUAUUUUUAGAAAAUGUACCAUUAGCUGUUCAUAUUCAAAAAGAGUCAAAAAUAAAAAAAAAUUAUGAGAAGUAUGAUAUAGAAUUUUUGAAAAAUAAAGCAGAUAAUUUAUUUUCACAAAAAAAAUUUUAUACAGCUAUCGAAAUAUACAAUGAUAUAAUACAUAGUUAUCAAAAUGAAAAAAGUAUAUAUUAUUGUACCAUUUUAAGUAAUAGGAGUGCUUGUUUUAUUGAAAUGAAAAAAAUAAGAAGUUCUUUAUGUGACAUAUGCAAAACUUUAAAUAUAUUAUUCUCUUUUUUUGAAGAACAUAAAGAAAAUAUAAAAAAAAAAUUAAUUGAAUUGGAAGAAAAAAAAAAAGAAAUGUUUGAAAUAGAUUUAAAAAUUUAUAAAGAUUUUAAAGGAAUAUAUCAUCAUGCUCAUAAACUAUUAAUUAAAUUAUUAUUUAGAUAUAUUAAAUUUUGUCAUCUUCACAAAAAAAAAUUUAAUAUCCCUUCAUUAGAUCAAGUAGACAUAUUAAGCAAAUUGAAAGGAAAACAUUACAUAAAUACUAAUGAACUGGAAAAAUUGAAAAACACUAUUUAUUCAAAAUUAUAA